AGAGUGAAUGUGGUGUUUUUUUAAGGAGACGAUAUGAACCCUCGGCUCGUGCGGCUCCUGCCACAGGCCCUGCUGAGGCUCCUGCUGACGGCGCUUCUUCAGGGUGUUGGGAAGAAUAACUUUGAUGACCCAGCUACAGUUUCUUCUGCUUACGAUUUUAUCAUUGUGGGUGCUGGAUCUGGUGGCAGCGUGGUGGGAUCAAGACUGGCGGAGGUGAAGGGUUGGCGAGUCCUCGUGUUGGAGGCGGGAGCUUCAUCACCUCUUGAGGCACAGGUUCCGGCUUACAACCUAUUUUUGAUGCAAAGUGAGGCUGAUUGGAACUACUUUACCAUCCCCCAGCACCACAGUCUCCUUGCUUACACCAACAGAUCAUGUCCUUACCCUUUGGGACGUGCUGUAGGUGGCUCGUCAGCGAUAAACUGGAUGAUGUACGUGCGUGGCAAUCGGCGGGACUAUGACUCUUGGGAGGCGCAAGGCAACCCCGGAUGGAGUUACCAAGAGGUGUUGAAGUACUUCAAGAAGGCUGAGGACUACAGGGGCAAACGAAACGUCGAGACAGCAGCAGAGUUCCAUGGACGUGGUGGACCCCUGGGCGUGGAGGACAAGAGGUGGUGGACACCAUUGUUAGAGGGUUUCCUCCAGGCAGGGAAGGAGCUUGGAUACAAAGUGAUCGACCCAAAUGGUCCAGAACAGAUUGGCUUCAGUGUCGCUGACAUGACUCAUCGAAACGGACGCCGUGACUCGGUAGCAGAGGCUUAUCUCACUCCGGCAAGUAGACGAGGAAACCUACACGUUUUGUCCAACGCCUUCGUCACGCAAAUCCUCUUCAGCAGGAGCGGGCGUGCUAAAGGAGUCCGCUUUGAGCAUCGCGGUAAGGUCAGGACAGUGAAGGCUUACAAGGAAGUAAUAUUGUCUGCUGGGGCUGUUGGUACACCAAAAUUGCUAAUGGUGUCAGGGGUUGGACCGGCUCACCAUCUCCACCAGCACGGGAUCCCGGUCAUGGCCGAUGUGGCAGGAGUGGGGCAAAAUCUGCAUGACCAUCCCUCCAUUUUCGGCAUGACGUGGACAGUGCGGAAAGGGUCCGGCAGCAGGAUCACCACAUUGGCCAACCCACUCUUCCUCAAGGACUAUGUUUACAAUAGGACAGGUCCCCUUACAAGUCCAUUCUCUCUGGAAGGUAAUGCGUGGAGUCGCUCGGAGGAGGGCGACCCUGACUGGCCAGACCUUCAGUACCUGUUCAUCUCUGGCGGGCCGGCGAUGGACUAUGGUCUCUUCAUCACUGAUCUUAUAGGCUUCAGGAGAGACUUUUUCACGAGGUACUACAAAUCUCUGCUUGGGCGGGAGACCUUCAACAUUGGGCCCAUGUUGACCCGCCCCAAGAGUCGAGGUUCAAUUCGCCUCAGAUCAAGGGAUCCUCGAGAUCCUCCCCUUAUUGAUCCUAAUUUCCUUAGCCAUCCGGAUGACGUGAGGACAUUCAUAAGAGGUAUUAAGUUUGCGCUGGCCAUCGCCAACACAUCUGCCCUUAGAACUCACUACGACGCCACCUUCCACGAUCAGGUACUCCCUGGUUGUGAGGGAUAUAGGUACGGUUCGGAUGCAUACUGGGGCUGCUACACCAGGCACAUGGCCCAGACCACUUAUCAUCCCGUCGGUACCUGCAAGAUGGCUCCCUCCUCCGACCCCAGUGGCGUCGUUGACCACAGACUGAGGUUACGGGGUGUGGCGGGGUUGCGGGUUGUGGACGCCUCCAUCAUGCCCACAAUCGUUUCAGGCAACACCAACGCCCCGGUGAUCAUGAUCGCAGAGAAGGCAGCAGAUAUGAUUAAAGAGGACUGGACAGAAAAGUAGUCAAAUUUCCUUCACUCAAAGUAUAGUUAUCAUCCUGUUGUCCUCACCACACAAUGAGAUGUCCUUGUAGCGUUUAUACAGUAUAUGCGUCUCAUUUUGCAUCUGUGUGUCAGUAUAGUCUCGCAACUAUUUAGGAGUGUGUCAUUAGGGCUCCAUGGAAUUUUUGUUAAGUUACUCUUAGUUGUUAAACCUAAAUGAUAAGAAUGGCAAUUGAUUUUUAGGAUAUCAAUAAAUAAACAAAAAAAUAAA